CUGGUUAAAAGAGUAUGGUUAUUGGAUGAUCAGAUAUCGUUUGCAAGAGCCUCAAUCAAUGUCAGACGCUAGAGAUAAUGAUGACCGUGUGGAUUUCGAGGAGGGUAGCUACAGUGAGAUGGAGGAUGAAGUGGAGGAGGAACAAGUAGAAGAGUAUGAAGAGGAGGAAGAAGAAGACGAGGAUGAUGAUAACGCUGGCAAUCAGAAUGUCGAAGAACAUGAGGAGGAGGAUUAUGGUGAUACAAAAGGAGGGGAUAGGGAAGAUGACCAGGAGGAAAUAGCUGAAGAUGAUGACAACCAUAUUGAUAUUGAGACAGCUGAUGAUGAUGAUGAUGAGAAACCAGCUUCUCCUAUUGAUGAUGAAGAAAAGGAAAAGUAUUCCCAGCUUCUUUCACUUCCUCCUCAUGGUUCUGAAGUUUUUAUUGGCGGGCUCCCAAGGGAUGUUGGAGAAGAGGACCUGAGGGACCUUUGUGAAGAAAUGGGCGAGAUCUUUGAGGUGAGACUGAUGAAAGAUAGGGAUUCUGGUGAUAGCAAAGGUUAUGCUUUUGUGGCCUUCAAAACGAAAGAUGUUGCACAAAAGGCCAUUGAGGAGCUGCACAGUAAAGAGUUUAAGGGAAAAACUAUUAGAUGCUCCCUUUCCGAAACCAAGAAUAGGUUGUUUAUUGGUAACAUACCAAAGANUGACCCAACCAAUUCCACUCGUAACCGUGGUUUUGCAUUUGUUUUAUACUACAACAAUGCAUGUGCUGAUCAUUCAAGGCAGAAAAUGAUAGAUUCUAAUUUUAAGCUUGAGGGUAACGCUCCAACUGUGACUUGGGCAGACCCAAAAAGCUCUCCUGAGCAUUCUGCUGCUGCUGCUCAGGUGAAAGCCCUUUAUGUCAAGAAUAUUCCAGAGAAUACCUCAACUGAGCAACUAAAGGAACUCUUUCAGAGGCAUGGAGAAGUGACGAAAAUCGUUACGCCUCCUGGAAAGGGUGGAAAACGUGAUUUUGGGUUUGUCCACUAUGCUGAAAGAUCUAGUGCAUUGAAGGCUGUCAAAGAUACCGAGAGAUAUGAAAUCAAUGGUCACCCGCUAGAAGUUGUGCUUGCUAAACCCCAGGCUGAAAGGAAGCAUGACCCUUCUUCCUAUUCUUAUGGUGCUGCACCUAAUCCUGCCCCCUUUGUGCAUCCCACAUUUGGUGGUUUUGCUGCGCCUCCUUAUGGUGCUAUGGGUGCCGGUUUGGGUAUUGCUGGUAGUUUUAGUCAGCCAAUGAUCUAUGGUAGAGGAGCAAUGCCAACAGGAAUGCAAAUGGUUCCAAUGCUUCUUCCGGAUGGCCGAGUUGGCUAUGUUCUGCAACAGCCUGGUAUGCAGAUGGCGGCACCACCACAACGACCCAGAAGAGUUGACCGGAAUAACGGCUCGAGCGGAGGGUCAGGCCGAGAUAACAGUCAUGACCAUGAUGGUAACCGAGGAGGCCGAAGGUACCGACCCUACUAGCAACCAUAGAGAAAAUAAGCAAGUAGAAAAAGAAAAAGAGGUGUAUUGGAGAUUUGUUUGUAGUUUGUUUCUUUGGAGAACUUUGAAAGCUCGCUCUCUCAUGUGUUAUAAAAUAUGAAAUCGAAACCUCACGGUUUCUGAUUUGAUGUGGAGAUUUCUGAGGGGAUAGGGUGAGUGAUUUGAUCUUAAAUUAUGAGACUUUUUUUUCUCUUCUGAAUAAUACUCUUCUCAACCA